AUGAACGAUCAUGCCUCCUCUUCUCGCUCACCCCCGAAGACAUCGGCCGACGCGGACCGUAGCUCCGAUGAGUCCGCAUCUGUUUCAUUAGAGCAAGAGCUCGUCGCUUGGGGGGACGGCUACCAGGCUUGGGUGGACCGUAACUUACAGAGUCUCUUGAAAGAUUUUGUGACAGGGAAGAAAUCUAAAAUAGGUGUUGCCAUGUGCCCCAACACUGUCACUCGCUGCAUCGCGAAGGAAGGCACUGAUGAAGAUUUGCGUUCCAUCCUGGGCAAAAUUUACCAGAAGUACGGCCCCAUUCGCAUGUACUAUAAAGGGUGUGACACUUUGGCUAAUCAUUGGGUUACUGGCUGGGAGACAGUAACUGGAGCACCGGAUGUGCAAAGAGUUAUGAUAUGUGUGGAGAUGAGCGACAGGCCGCCAGUGUCGGAGAAGGUCGCUGCGAUGAUCAAAGCCAAUGUUGAGAAAUUCCGGCAAGAUGUUCGGGACAGGGUGAACUGGGUGGAUGUCCCCAGCGAUAGCGUUGACCAUGGCGACUGGAUCGAGCCCGACGGAAUCCGGUCUACAGUCAAGAACGUUGGACGUUUUCUUCUGGAUGGUUUGGAAGCAUUCCGAAGACUUUGA